GUCUAUCUUAGCGAGUCCAGAGAUGCCUUUCUGGGUUGACAACUAUUCCACAGCCAAUACGGAUCCACGAGGGACAGGAACGGAGGGAAAAAACAAAAUACGAAUUUUCUUCCUGUAGGUCAAACGUUACCUGCCACCUGUGGUACAAUCUGUAAGAGGGGAAGUGGUGAACUACAUCUACAACUAUGGCUCUGUCGCAACUUCUAGAUGACUCCCCUCUCAGGUUAGGUCAGAAACUCACCGGGACCGGUGACCUAACCCUGCAGGAGGUCUACAACGAGAGACACCGGCUGGCUCUGGAAGAGUUGCUGUCGGGAGGUGUGGACAACUUUCUGGACUUUCUCGGGAAAGAGAGGAUCCCAAACUUUUUGUCAGACGAUGAGAUCAAGCGCAUCAGGGGCGCCGCCGUGCCCCCGCGGUGCGUGUCUUUCCACGGGGAUGACCAGGCUAUAGAGCAGUCGCUAAGCAGCUCCAUGGACUGCUCUUCCGUCACCUACUUCCCCGAAGUGUCGGACGUGGAGCCGCCGCUACUGGAGAUGGGCUGGCCCGCCUUCACCGCGGGCUCGUACCGGGGCGUCACGCGGGCCGUGGCGCACUUCCAACCCAGCUACGGGGAGUGCAUUUACAGCUGCAAGGAGGCUGUGAGGCGUAUGAUUAAAAGUGCCAGAGAGGUGAUUGCCAUAGUUACAGACUCCCUGACAGACCUGGAUAUAUUUAAGGAUCUUCAGGAGGCAUGCUCCAACCGCAGAGUCCCCGUCUACAUCCUGCUGGACCAGUCAUGUGCUCCUGCUUUCCUCAAGAUGUGCAGAAAUGUCGGCGUUCGCUUAGAUGAGCUACGGCAAAUGAAAAUGCGAACCAUAACUGGUACCAAUUAUUACAUGAGAUCGGGAGCGAGGAUUACCGGGGAAGUUCACGAGAGGUUUAUGCUGAUUGACGGAAACAGAGUGGCAACAGGUUCCUACAGGUUCAAUUGGACUGAUGGUAAACUAAACAGCAGCAACCUAAUUGAGCUUUCUGGUCAGAUAACCGAGAAAUUUGAUGAGGAGUUCCGCAUCCUCUACGCCCAAUCUCUGCCCUUAAACACACGAGGACCACCAAGCGUCCGAAACAGUGGCAUCUAUGAGCACCUCCUCAUCAAACACUCCGUCACCUCCUCUCCUCGCCUGGCCGGUGAGAGGCCAUUUAGUUUGACCAGCACACCCAGCUGCAAGCCCAAAACCUUAACCAUCCAGCCCCCACGUGAACCCUCUACACUGGAUCCCUGUAUGACAAAAGCAGUGCCUGAAACAUCCACCAUGGGUGAGGACUGGUUGGAGCAACAGCAUAUGCAGGAGGAGAUUCUGGCUGGUAGCACUGCUCUGCACCACCCUACUGAUGAGCUAGCAGAGAAAGUGCUGGUGACCCCCAACAUCAUCUCCUGCCAUGCUUUCACCCAGACCAGCCUUUCAGUGACAGACAGCGACACCCAGACUGACCAGGAGUCCUCACAUCACCUCAACAAUGUCAUCACACUGCCACAGACGGUUUCAAGCCAGGCCAUUCCUCCCUCUUUUGAGUCUGCGGGGCACGUCUCAGCAACCAAAGGAGCCGCAGAUGAAUCCUUAAAGGACUGCUUCCGUAAGCUGUCCAAAGAGCGCCAGCACCACUUCUCCACCAUCCGCUCCAAGCUGGAGCACAUGGUGUCCGGCCUGUCUCAGAGGAGAGAACUAGCAGACCUCACCAACAUGACUCAGGGGGCUGGUGCUCUCAGCAGGCAGAGGGUACACAAAGACUGUGGGCAGGAACCAAACCCCAGACUGCUUGUUGAAAGUGCAGGCAUGGGCACAUGGCCAAGAGCCAGAUGUGCACACUAGUUUGUCCUCAGGGAUUUUGGUGAUGGAGAGUAGUGGGGGAAGAGCUAUGGCAAGGUUUCUUGUGGAUCCUCUGUUUUGAAUAAGUGGUUUUGGCUUAUGCAGUAGAAUUCCAAAAUUCCACUAUUUGUCUUCUUUUCCGCAGUGCCUGCUUUUGUCCUUUUCAUGCUGUGUCAUGUCCUUGUCAGAGCAAUUUUCUUUAUGUUAUGGUAACACAGAAUUCUUUAUGACAUUAAGAACUCCUGGAAACUAUUAUUUUAACCAAAGAUACUGUAAUAAUCCUUUUAUGACCUUGUCAGUUUCAUGAGUAUGAAUCACUGAGAUGAGUAUGACUGUAUAAAAUCUGCUGUAGUGCGUGUGAAAAUGCACCAAGGUGCUGUUUUUGUCUAAAUCACAUUUGGCUGCAUCAACUGCAUCUGAUCAACAUUCCAGAGAGAAGCUGGCUCUCAUUGUGCUUUGCUAAUAAACAAAGUACUAUUUUGCUGGA